AUGAGGAUAGAAAAGGUCACUGGCUGUCAGAGCAUGGGUAUUUUCAGUGAACCUGGUAAGAUGUGUGCUGCAUAUAGUACUCAUGUGUCUUCUGUAGUUGACAAAUGUAAACAGUGUGAAAAGUCUUUCACUGAGAAGAAACACCCUGUUGUCCCUCAGAGAAAACACACAGGAGAGAAACCUUAUGAAUGUAACAUGUGUCAAAAGUCUUUCAACCAGAAAUCAAAGCUUACUGUCCACCAGAGAACACACACAAAAGAGAAACCUUUUCAAUGUAACAUUUGUGGAAAAUUUUUCAUAUGCAAGGCAUAUCUUACUAGACACCAGAGAACACACACAGGAGAGAAACCUUAUGAAUGUAACAAGUGUGGAAAAUCUUUCACCGAGAAAUCAAAGCUUACUGUCCACGAGAGAACACAUACUAGAGAGAAACCUUAUGAAUGUAACGUUUGUGGAAAGUCUUUCAUCCAGAAAUCAAAGCUUACUGUUCACCAGAGAACACACACAAAAGAGAAACCUUUUGAAUGUAACAUUUGUGGAAAGUCUUUCUUCUGGAAGGCGUAUCUUACUAGACACCAGAGAACACACUCAGGAGAGAAACCUUAUGAAUGUAACAUGUGUGGAAAGUCUUUCACCUGGAAGACUUACCUUACUGUCCACCAGAGAAAACACAAAAGAGAGAAACCUUAUGAAUGUAACAUUUGUGGAAAGUCUUUCUCCUGGAAGGCAUAUCUUACUCUCCACCAGAGAACACACACAGGAGAGAAACCUUAUGAAUGUAACAUGUGUCGAAAGUCUUUCACCGAGAAAUCACACCUUACUCGCCACCAGAGAACACACACAAAAGAGAAACCUUUUGAAUGUAACAUUUGUGGAAAGUCUUUCUCCUGCAAGGAAUACCUUACUCUGCACCAGAGAACACACACAGGAGAGAAACCUUAUGAAUGUAAGAUGUGUGGAAAAUCUUUCACCAAGAAAUCAAAUCUUAAUCUCCAUCAGAGAACACAUACUAGAGAGAAACCUUUUGAAUGUAACAUUUGUGGAAAGUCUUUCUCCUGCAAGGCAUAUCUUACUCUGCACCAGAGAACACACACAGGAGAGAAACCUUAUGAAUGUAAGAUGUGUGGAAAAUCUUUCACCAAGAAAUCAAAUCUUAAUCUCCAUCAGAGAACACAUACCAGAGAGAAAACUUAUGAAUGCAACUUGUGUCGAAAGUCUUUCACCCAUAAAAGAAACCUUACUGUGCACCAGAAAACACACACAUUAGAGAGACCUUAUGAAUGUAACAUGUGUGGAAAGUCCUUCUCUUGGAAGUCAAGCAUCAAUGUCCAUCAGAUAAUACACACAGGAAAGAAACCUUAUGAAUCAGUGAUGUAUGUUGAUAAUCAGGUGGACCUGCUAAUGAUGUGGUCAAAAAUGAUGUGUCAUGCUAAUGGUCAGUACAUCUGUGUUAUUCUUCUUAAAUAUGAUGGAAAUAUGACUUGGACCACUAUCCAGUGCCUUAUUUGA